AUGAAGACCGUUGCUCAGCUGUACGGCCGUCAGGGGGGGAAUCGAGGGGGAGGGGAAGAUUCUGAUUCAGACCUUGUUGGUGGUUCAAGAGUGAACGGAGGUGACUAUAGCGAGGUUCUUCCUGUACCAGCUUCGCUACAGGAGGCGGAAGAUAUGCUUCAGCAGCUUAUAGAGGAGACUCGCUCCCUCUCCUCUCCCUCCGGGGUCAACCUGGUGGCAUUCUCAGGGGGAGUGGACUCCUCCCUUGCUGCCUUGCUGCUGCAUCGAGCACUCUCAGACCCGCCGCCUCCUCACUCACACUCACAGUCACACUCCCACUCACACUCACAACCACACUCACACUCACGCUCGCAAUCCCCUUCACACACGGACUCACACUCUCAAUCGCCUCCCACCGUAGCAGCUGUGAUCGCCUUAAGCCCCUCCCUCUCCUCCUCUCAACUAACCACAGCUCGCCACGUGGCAGCAGCCAUAGGCAUCCCCCUGUGGGAGGUGGAAACAACAGAGGGUCAGGUGCAAGAGUACGUGGCCAAUGAGGGGGCGAGCUGCUAUGCCUGCAAGGCCACUCUCUACACCACUCUAUACACUGUCGCGGAGCAGUCUUUAGCGAGGAUGGGAAUGGAGAACAGCAACCGUAAUGAAGUAACUCUAUUCAACGGCACCAAUGCAGACGACCUAUCAGACCCCUCCCGCUUGGGCCUGCUGGCUGCUCUGCACUGCCGGGUCGUGUCACCCCUCGCCCGUCUACCUAAAGCCGCUGUGCGGGCAGUAGCCAGAGCAGCUGGUUUACCCAACUGGGACUUGGCUGCCUCGCCCUGCCUUCGCAGCAGACUGGCGUUUGGAGUGGAGGCGACAGCAAGCACACUGAUACUGGUGGAGAGGGCAGAGGAGAUG